UUUGAUUAUGCCACCGUAUGAUUGACAGUAUUUCCAUUCAGUAUAUAUUCGCAACAAUCGAAUCACCUGUUCAAUGAAUUGAUCAAUAACACGAAUACCGCAGAAUGCCUCGUGUAAUGCACUACCAUCGUUAAGUGAUAACAUUUACAAGCGCCCUACAGUCGAUCGGGAAACGACUACCUGUCAAUUUAAUCAUCAGUGGUUUGUCACUCCGAUCGUUUCGAAAAUGGGAGAAUCGGAGAAACCCUUCGCCUGUCCCUCUCCAGGGUGUAACAUGAGCUUUACGAAUGAGGAUCAUCUGGUGGUUCACAAGAAAAAACACGAUAUGAUAUUGAACUUGGGGAGCAAUAAAACAGGUGUUUUUGUCGCUGAUCAAACUCCCACACCAACGAGAUUCAUAAGGAACUGUGAGGAAAUGGGUUUAUUUCAAGACCUACAGAACGUUAAUCCGUUCGAGGAGACAUUCAGAAGAGCCGUGGAGUCCGGGAAACUUGGAUCAUUACCAGAAAACGAGAUCGUCCAAAGUGAUGAUACAUUACAUACUCCCCACGUCUUCCCUCACAUCGAGAAUGACCAGUCAGGGAACAGGAAAAUAUCUCCCGAAACUCCUGACAAUCCCUGUGAAAUAUCGAAAAACGUCACGAGCACGACGACAAUUAAAAAAACGACUGAGACUGUUGUCAUCCAGGAGGCUGAUACCUCUGUUCCACCUGUCAUAGCAGCGCCAUCGAGCAGUCUAUCAAUAAACGGAGAGGAAGUUCAACUUAUACUGAAAAUGGACGAUGGUAAAUUGAUGCCACUGUCAGCAAUUCCAGUUUCUGGUUCAAACAGUGUCCCUGAUAUUACGAGUCAGCCUGUGAAACCGCAGGCAAUCGUUAUAAAAACGAAUUCUCCGGUUAAAUGCCCACAAACUGGAGAUGCGAAGAAGGAGAGACUGUCUCUGGCAAAAAUGAAAUUGAAAGAAGUACUUUCGAAAAACGAGUCUUCCUCCGAGCCCCAAAAGCCCGAGCAGAACCAGAAUUCCGUGAAAUCGCUGCCCACAACUAAACCCCAGAGAGAAAAACCCCAGGAUCUCCACAAAAAACAAGACAUCUUGGCGCGAAAUCGUGCUAGCUCCAUGCGUGCCCGAGCGAAACGAAAGCAGUGGAUCCAGCAGCUUCAGAAAUCCUUGAACAAUGCCAACGAGUUGAACGGAGCCCUCCAGUUAGAGAUAAAAUCCCUUCGUUCUGAAGUUAUGAAUCUCAAGACUCUCCUUUUAGCCCACAAAGACUGUCCGAUCACGAAAUCCAUGGAGAAAGGCACCGACGUCUUCGUAGAUCCCCAGUUGAUUCCAGUAAUCCCUCACCUCCUACAAACAUCUCCAAUCUCCUUGACCCCCUCAAUUCCUCCAGCAAAGCGAAAAAACUCGAACGAACCUCCAAAGCCUGCAAAACGAAAGCCAUCAAAAUUCCACCAGAACCAAUCGAUUAUCCUUCCAAAACUAGACGAGAAAAACCUACCGAUCUGCGUGACGAAGCUGAUACGAACCCCCUCUGAGCCACUGAAGGUCGUGGAGCUGUCCCAAAUCCAUGAGAAGAGGCCCACCAAGUCGAUCUUCAUUCUGCAGAAUUCCUCCUUCCGAAAGGCUCAGUCCAUCAGCUCGCGACAGAUUAUCCAGGUGGACCAGAGUCUCCAGUUGAUGAACGUCGCCUCGAAGAUCACUGGAACAUAGUUCCAAAGAAGCUCAUCUCCUGCAAAAAAAAACUGCACUGCUUUGACUUCCACUGCUGUUUUUUCUGGGAAAAAAUUCAGUCACACGAAGGGUUGACUGUUCUGUUCUUUUCGAGAACCAAUAGCCGUUGAAGUCCAGUAGUAAUCCGGAAGCAAUUACCUCCCAAAGUGUGCGAUACAGAGUCAAAUCCGUCGUUGAUUAAUGUCAGCUGGCUGGAGCAUUACGAUCAUUUCUCACCAAGUAUUAUGUAUUUCUCAGUUCAACACAUUUUUGUUUAUGUUAAUUGCAUCGGUGGGUGCAUUUUCUAUUGAGUAUUUUAUUUAUGUCAGACUUUUUAUUGUUUAUUUACAGUUCAUUAUGUUACGUUAUUGAAGUUAUUAAUAAAGAGCAUUGAGUUA